AUGGCCGCCAUUGUUACGCGUAGGUUAAGCUCCAAAUUUCUCAGACCAAUUCCUUCUUCCACUUUUCUCAUCUCCCAAAACCCUCACGAACACUUCACCCGAAUCCCUUCUACACAUUCCGAUCCCUCGUUUCCGCAAUCGCCCCGACAAACUUUUGCAAUUCCUACAGUUGACCUCAUCAAUUCCCACACACCUUUUGCAGAUCUUGAGGCUCUCAGACCUCACCGGAGAUCCGCGAAUUUCAAUCGCAAUUUCAUUAACAGUAGCCCUAAUUCCGAUCAUCGGAUUCGGGGACCAAUCACAUCCAGUCCUGGUUUGAUUCCGAGAUUGAGAAACCCUAGCUUCUUCAUCUCAGAUUUGGAUCAGAAAUAUGGAUUUUCUUCAACUCCUGAGAACGAGAACUUGGAGAAACCCGCUGAUUUCAAGCAUCAAGACAUCGAAGGACCGACCGUCGAGAGAGACCUCUCGGCGUUGGCCGGCGAAACCAGAGAGGUGGUUGAAGCGAUGAUGAAGAACGUGUACAGCUUAAGCAAAGCUAUGGCGAUUCUCGGUCUUGUUCAGUUGGGAAUUGGGGCUUGGAUUUCGUACGCAACUCGCGCUUCACCAUUCACAGAAGUUUCCAUCCAGAGCUUCGUGUCCUUCGGGUUUCCUUUCUCGCUGGCCUUCAUUCUCCGCCAAUCUCUGAAGCCGAUGAUGUUCUUCAAGAAAAUGGAAGAACAAGGUAGGUUGCAGAUUCUGACUCUGACACUUCAAAUUGCUAAAAAUUUGAAUGCUCUGUUCGUAAGAGUGCGAAUUGUUUCCUUCUUGUGUGUAACUGGAUUGUCUGUUGGUGUUCUGUUUGCUUUGCUUUCGAGAUGAAUCCAUUUUCUUCCCCAUUCUGCAAAAACUUCGAGCCACACAAAAUUGGGCUUCCAGAAACCUUCUCAUAAGAGUGUUCAUCAAUGAAUUCGUUUCAGAACUAUGAAUGUUAAUCUGUGGGUGAGCUCAGAACUCGAUUUAGUUGUUUUGGGUUCUUUUUACACUUUUG